AUGGGUGCGGAAGCGGACGAGCUGCAGCGGCGGCUGCCGGCGACGGAGGACGGCGGCCGGAAUGUUCAACGGCGGGAACCGAUCAGCGAGGCCCAGUUCCUGUCAUGGAAGCGCCAGAAGGUUGGUACCCCCCCCCCCUCCUUUCUAGGGUUUCCUCCCCCCCCCCAACAUCCCCUCCGAAUUCCUGCUUCCUGGCGGCCACGCUAGUGUGAUCUUGAAGAAACAUUAGCCUUGUUCAUGAACUAAGAAGAACAAGAAGAAGAAGGGCUUCUGGGCGAUGAUGAUCGAUCGUCUUCCGGGCGCUGCAACUGGGUCUUCUCAAGAAGAAAGAUCAGGUUUUUUUUUCAUGAACUAAGAAAACAGGACUUCUGUUUUCCUCACGCUCUCAGGAGGCGCUCGCGUCGGCCAGACGAGCCGAGGUCGCCCGGAAGCGCGCCGAGGACAUCGCCGCCGGCGCCCAGAUGAACGGCCGCGAGCUCUUCCUCCACGAGCCCUGGGUCUUCGACAACUCCAAGUACUAG